GGUUGAAUGACGCACUGUGAUGAUGACAGCGGCCGCUGCGCGUGUAUGUGGAAAACAUUUAACAGUGUGCUCGUUUAAAUCUUCACAUUUGAACUUUACCAAAAAGCAGAUCAGUUUUGUUCGGUCGCCAAAUUGCAGUGAGAGAAGAGCACAGCGACAGUGAUCAUGUCCAGUGAAGAGCUGCUGUCUGUGGAUUAUGAGGUGUAUGGGAGAGUUCAGGGUGUGUUCUUCAGAAAAUACACACAGUCAGAGGGCAAGAAGCUGGGUCUGGUUGGCUGGGUCCAGAACACUGAUGCUGGGACAGUUCAAGGGCAGCUGCAGGGUCCGGCCUCUAAAGUUGAACAGAUGAAGCACUGGCUCCAAACCACCGGCAGCCCUAAGUCUAGAAUCGCCAAAACUGAGUUCAAGAAUGAGCACACAGUGGACAAACUGGAUUUUAAGGAUUUCAGAGUUACACGUUGAUGUAUUAGUAUUUAUGUAUGUAGAUAUGUAGGUUAUUUAUUUUAGCAUUUAAAAAUUGUGUUUAAAACAUGUGGCCAUUGUCUGCUACUGAUAAAAUAUAUAGAAAGGCAAAACUGAUACAACUCCACUCCAGCACAGACAUUUAUUCUUCAUUUUUAUUGCAUUGAAAUCUCAUUUCUGAGAUGGACAUAGAAGCUAAUAUAAUAGACACUGUUUUGGCAGAUAUGUAAUGUGUCUAUAGUCUUCUCAUUCAGUUGUUAAAUUAAAUUGUGUUUAUUAAAUUGGUUAUUUCAUGAUGGCAAUUAACUGAUUUAAAAACUGCAAUAAAAGAUGUAAUGUGGUUUACAAAGCCAUGUGUAACAACAAUACUCUCCUCUUUGGUGUAUCAUUGAAGUACCAAAUAGCAAGCUGUCAUUUACAGAAAUAAAAACAGAAUGUAAACAGAAAAUAAGUAAAAAAAAAAAAGGUGUCCCUCAAGGUUCAGUUCUGGGACCGUUACUCUUCAUAGGCUACAUUAUGCCUAUCGGACAAAUCAUUCACCUUCGCGGUUUUCAGUACCACUGCUAUGCUGAUGAUAUUCAGAUCUAUACUGCUUGCCAACCAGACUCUAUUAAAGGCAGGGUAUCUGAUUUAGAAAAACGCUAACCUGAGCCUACUAGCACUGAAAUUACAAUCCCACCCUCCAUAUCGCCAUCCAAAACCACACCUCCUCUAAGUCUAAACUGAAAACUUGUCUGUUUAAUCAGUACUACUGUUCAUAAUGUACUCUAAGUUUGGUCUUAAUUCAUCUGCUUUCUGUAUGUAUAUAAAUAUUGAACUCUUGCGAUAUGCAACUGCAGUCGCAUAUAUCUUAGACUAUGAUGAAAGUGUCUACUGCAUGCCCAUUUCUGUGUUCUCUUUAUUUGUAAUUGUUUUAUCUAUUAUAACUGUCUUUGUAAAUCGUCCUAAAGCAUGGGCAAUGCACUAUAGAAAUUAAACACAUUAUUAUUAUUA